GCGGAGUCUACAAGAGGAUAUUCAAGAUGGCCGCCUUCAAUGAAAGGAUGGCAUCUUUCUUGGUGUUGGCGCUUGCUCUUUGUGCCAGUGGGACUUGGGCAGUUGACAGGGGCAACUUCAAGACAUGUGACCAGAGUGCCUUCUGCAAGCGUCAACGCGCUUUGAAACCCAGCGAGUCUCCUUAUCGAGCCCUGCUGGAAACGAUGGAGCUGACCAAUACCAGACUCACCUUGCAGCUCAUUAAUGACAACAACAAGGUGCGGCUGCUGCUGGAGCUUUACCGUCUCCAGGGAAACAUGACUAGGGUGAAGAUCAAUGAGCUGAAGCCAUUAAAGCCUCGUUUUGAGGUCCCAGAUGUGCUCAUCCGGGAUCCCCCGACCGAGCCACUGUCCCUCUUGUCCCAGGAUGAGAACGGUGUGGUGCUGUCUUUAGGCUCUGAAUCACAGAGGGUCAUUCUUAGCGCCAGGCCCUUCCGCUUAGAUAUAGUGGAGGGAAGAGAUGUGCUGAUGUCACUGAACUCGCGCGGACUGCUGGCAUUCGAGCACCUGAGGAUGCGCAAGGACACUUUCUCCUAUAAAGUAACUAGCACAGUGGCUAGCGUGUGGGAUAAUGUCAAGAGGGUUUUCACUAGCCAGGCAGACCCUGAGAGUGAAAACAAAGAGGAAGUAGAUCCAGCGAACCAGGAUGAGACUGCAAAAGACGAUGAAGAUAAAGUAGAGGAUGGGAUGUGGGAGGAAACGUUUAAAUCCCACUCAGACGGCAAACCAAGUGGUCCAUCUGCUGUUAGUUUAGACUUUUCCUUGCCUGGUGUUGAGCAUGUGUAUGGCAUUCCUGAACACGCAGACACACUCCGACUUAAAACAACAGAGAAUGGAGAUCCUUACCGUCUGUAUAAUCUGGAUGUGUUCCAGUACGAGUUGUAUAACCCAAUGGCUCUUUAUGGUGCCAUCCCGGUGAUGUUGGCUCACAAUAGCCAGCGUACCACUGGCAUCUUCUGGCUGAAUGCAGCUGAGACUUGGGUGGACAUCAGCUCCAACACGGCAGGAAAAACUGUGUUUGGGAAAAUGCUGGAUUAUGUGCAGGGCUCAAGUGAGACCCCGCAGACAGAUGUACGUUGGAUCUCCGAGAGUGGCAUCAUUGAUGUCUUCUUAAUGCUCGGACCGAAACCCAAAGAUGUGUUCGCUCAGUAUGCGUCACUCACAGGGACCCAAGCGUUCCCUCCAUUGGCCUCUCUGGGCUACCAUCAGUGCCGCUGGAACUAUAAUGACCAAGAAGAUGUGCGGGCCGUGGACGCUGGCUUUGAUGAGCAUGACAUUCCCUAUGACUUCAUUUGGCUUGACAUUGAGCACACGGAUGGUAAGCGCUACUUCACCUGGGAUCCACACAAGUUUGCAUCACCCAAGGAAAUGCUCCAAGGCCUCAAAGACAAGAAACGCAAGAUGGUCGCCAUUGUGGAUCCGCAUAUCAAAGUAGACAACAACUACAAGAUUCACAAUGAAAUCCGCUCCCGUGGUUUCUACAUCAAGAACAAAGAUGGAGGAGACUAUGAGGGCUGGUGCUGGCCUGGAAGUGCUGGCUAUCCAGACUUCACUCGUCCAGAUAUGAGGGCCUGGUGGGCCAGCAUGUUCGCCUACGAUCAGUAUGAGGGGGCCACAGAUAAUCUUUAUACUUGGAAUGACAUGAAUGAACCGUCAGUCUUCAAUGGGCCAGAGGUCACCAUGCACAAGGAUGCCAUGCACGGUGCCUGGGAGCACCGAGAUGUGCACAACCUCUACGGCUUUUAUGUUCAAAUGGCGACUAUGGAAGGUCUCAUCCAACGGUCAGGAGGAGUUGAGCGACCGUUUGUCUUGACCAGAGCUUUCUUCGCCGGCUCUCAGCGCCUUGGUGCCGUGUGGACUGGAGACAACGCUGCUGAGUGGGACCACCUUAAGAUUUCCAUCCCCAUGUGUUUGAGCCUUGGACUGGUUGGGGUUUCUUUUUGUGGUGCUGAUGUGGGCGGCUUCUUCAAGUCACCGAGCACAGAGUUGCUGGUCCGCUGGUACCAGACUGGUGCAUACCAGCCCUUCUUUAGGGCUCACGCCCACCUGGACACACCUCGCCGCGAACCCUGGCUCUUUGGUCCGGAAAAUACUGCACUGAUCCGUGAGGCAGUGCGGCAGCGCUACACACUCCUACCCUACUGGUAUCAGCAGUUCUACAACACCCACCAGACUGGAGAGCCCGUGAUGAGACCGCUGUGGGUGGAGUAUCCUGAGGACCCUGCUACCUUCACCGUGGAGGACGAGUUCUUGAUUGGCCGAGACCUGUUGGUUCACCCGGUGACAGAAGAGGGCUCCCGAGGGGUGACUGCUUACCUGCCGGGGAAGGACGAGGUCUGGUUCGAUGUCCACACCUACCAAAAGCACAACGGAGCCCAGAACCUCUACAUUCCUGUCACAAUGAGCUCGAUCCCAGUUUUCCAACGCGGUGGCUCUAUCAUUCCUCGAAAGAUGCGUGUGCGCAGAUCCUCCACCUGUAUGGAGCAAGACCCCUACACUUUCAUAGUCGCCCUGAACCCGCAGAGAACUGCACUGGGGGAGCUGUACAUCGAUGACGGCCACACGUUCAGUUUCAACAACAAGGAAUUCAUCCACAGGAGACUGAGCUUUGCCAACAACAUCCUGUCCUCUGUUAAUCUUGCUCCGGAGGCCAACUUCUCCACCCUCUCCUGGGUUGAACGCAUCCUGAUUGUAGGAGCCACUAAACCCAGUCAGGUCACAAUGAGGACUGCUGAUGGUCGUGAGAGUCAAGUUGAGUUUGACUUUGACACUACCAUGUCCGUGUUGACUCUACGCAAGCCUGGCAUGAACGCAGGAGCGGACUGGACCGUGACGCUGCACUGACCAACAGAGCACUUACUGCCAGGGAAAAGAGUAAAGCAAAGGGGUGUUAAUGAUACUGUGAGGCUGGACAGUAGGAUGUUGGAUACAAAUACAGCUUUCUGAAAGCCCAUUUUGACCAGUCCGUCAUGACAUCACUACAGUCCCGUAUACAUCCAGAAAAAUUCCAAUUAUCUAAGAAAAGAAAAUGUCUCCACAGCACUUGCAUCAGCAGAGAUUCAUUGGCAUUUUUGGAACAAUUUUGUUGUUUACUUGCCCCAAGUUCUCUCUUUGCAGAGGUCAAGAUAAUAUGCCGUCGCGGUUCAGGUCAAUGAGCUGCUACUGACUACUGUGAGAGCACUUGGCUCUGGGAAACAUUCAGAGAAUUGAACCACUGAGCUGGUAGUCGUCCUUUUGACAUGUUUUCUCUUUUAUAUUUCCAUUGUUUUUUAGUAGAUGAUUUUGAAAGUGCACUAGAGUAUUGAAAUCACACCAGUUGUCUGGACUCCUUGACUAUUCAUACUGGGACCCACCACAGCUCUCAUUUAAGCGAAGAAAAUCUGAAUUCUUACUAAUAAGUCGGCAAAUUCAUUAAAUCGUGAUGCGGGGUAGAUUCUGGCUCAUGUCCAAUUUGGGGUAGUUUGUCUCCUUGCUUGUUUUACAUGAUCAUCAAUGUUGUUUUGUUUGGAAAUGAAGGCUUCUGCUGUUGGGAUGGAAAUACUAUUGAAACCGAGACCUUGUGAAAAUAAAGAUGACCAAAUGUGAA